UCCACCCCGGCCAGAUGGUAGCGUCCGCAAGCGCUCCUGCUGGAUAUUUUAGUCACGGGCGCUCCAUCCCUCUCGCGGCUCAGCUCCGUGAUUCAGGCGCUCUGGCUCCUACAUUCCAUCGGUGACAUGCUGCCGACACGUCGCAGAUGUGUUGCCGCGAAGAGCGGCUGCUCCGAGGGCAUUAACAGUGCGGGACGCGGGAGCCACAGAAGCCCACCUCUUUCGCAAGUGGCACAGACGAUGGCUCAAGUUAAAUCCGCAAGUGUUUUUGUGCUCGUUUUGGGAAUGCUCGUGAGCGCAAAAGGCCAGGAGAGCUGCGGUGGAGUUCUGCAGGAAUUAAGUGGAAUUAUUGAAAGCCCUGGAUUUCCUCAGGGCUAUCCAAAUAAAGCGAACUGCAGCUGGAAGAUACUGGGCCAGGAGGAAAACCGGAUCCAGUUAACGUUCGUCUCGUUUGCCUUGGAGGAGGAGUUUGACUUCUUAUUUGUUUACGAUGGAGAGCCAAAUGCAGACAGCUUGAUGCUGAGAUUAACAGGGUUCUUGGAGCCGCCCCCGAUCACAAGCUCAGGACCCCAGCUCAGCCUGCAUCUCACCAGUGACUUUGCCGUGAGUGCCCAUGGAUUCAAGCUGCUUUAUGAAGUUCUACAAAUCCACUCCUGCGGAAACCCAGGAGUGCCACCCGAUGGAAUAAUGCACGGCGAGCACUUCAACAUUGGGGACAAAGUGCGAUACAGCUGUGCCAAAGGACACGUGCUGGAGGGCCAGCCCAUCGUCACGUGUGUGGUGUACUCGGGCAACAACGUGGCCUGGGACUUUCCCAUCCCGCAGUGCAGAGCUGAAGGGGCAUGUGGAAGGACUCUCCGGGAAAACAGUGGCGUGAUAUCCAGCCCCAACUACCCGUCAGAGUACGGCAAUGACGCGGACUGCACGUGGAUUGUGCUGGCCGAGCAGGGAGACACCAUCUCGCUGGUCUUCAACGAUUUCCAGCUGGAGGAGAGAUUCGACUCCUUGGAAGUAGAAGGAGCUGAUCCAUCAUCAAUUUGGUUGACAGGAGUGGGCCUGCCUUCUCCCAUGAUCAGCAGCAAGAACUGGCUUCGUCUUCACUUUGUGUCCAACAGCAACAACUCUCUGCGAGGGUUUACUGCACAAUACCAAGGUCGAGCAACUCGGCCGGCCGUACCGUCACCCAAAAUGAAGAGAGCUAUAGAUCUGAGGACUAAAGGUGGAAAGGUCACUCAAAUCAAAGACAAAGCCAAGUAUUCUAUGACAGGCAAAAACAGGAGCAGCACUCACGCGUCAAGCACCUGCCCUGAUCCUGGGGAGCCACAAGACGGCAGAAGAGUCGGUGCCGACUUCAGGUUGGGAGCUACCGUUAGAUUCUCUUGCAAUGAAGGUUACGUACUUCAAGGUUCCAGCAGCAUCAUCUGCCAGCGCGUGAACGAGAUCUUUGCAUCUUGGAGUGACAACACGCCCAAGUGCAAAGGUAUUACAUGCGGCGCUGCAUUAACUGGACCCAGUGGAACAAUCACCUCCCCUAACUUCCCGGUGCAGUACGAUAACAACGCCCAGUGCGUGUGGACCAUCACAGCUUCGCGGCCUAGCAAGGUCAUAGAGAUUAAUUUUGAAGAAUUCGAUCUGGAAAGGGGAUUUGACACCCUGACGGUCGGCGAUGGUGAGGAAGUAGGUGAUCCCAGAAUGGUGCUGCACGUGUUGACAGGCACGAGUGUGCCUGACCUCGUGGUGAGCAUGACAGGCCACAUGUGGCUGCAUCUGCAGACAGACGACAGCGCCGGUUCGCUGGGCUUCAAGAUCAUCUACCGAGAGAUUGCGGAGAGGAGCUGCGGAGACCCCGGGGUCCCUCAGCACGGGAGGCGGGAGGGCUCCGGCUUCUCCCACAGAGACUCGCUGACAUUUGAGUGUCAGGCAGCAUUUGAGCUCGUCGGGGAGAAGACCAUCACCUGUCAGAGCAACAACCAGUGGUCUGCAAACGUCCCGCACUGCAUUUUUCCCUGCGUGUUCAACUUCACAUCGCCGAUCGGCAUCGUGCUCUCACCCAACUACCCUGAGCACUACGGCAGCAACAUGAACUGCAUUUGGCUCAUCGUUGCGCCCGCCGGCUCCCGCAUCCGCCUGGUUUUCGCCGACUUUGAGGUUGAGUCGCAGUUUGAUUUCCUGGCGGUGAAAGACGGAGACCGGCACGACGCUCCUCUUCUCGGCACCUUCUCCGGAGCUGAUGUACCCGGGAACCUCGUCAGUGCGUCCAACACGUUCCGCCUCGAGUUUCUCUCGGACCAUUCAACGCCUGGCCGCGGCUUCAAUAUCAGCUACACCACUUUUGGACACAACGAUUGCUAUGAUCCAGGCAAUCCAGUCAAUGGGAGGCGGUUCGGUACAAAGUUCCAUCUAGGCAGCAUGGUGUCUUUUACCUGUGAGAAAGGCUUCAUCAGAACAGAGGGCUCCGAGAUCUUGACCUGUGUCUCAAGAGAUGGCAACAUUGAAUGGAAUGAAAAUGUCCCCAAAUGUGAAGCACCAUGCGGUGGCCACCUGACCUCUCUAGCUGGCAUUAUCCUGUCCCCGGGCUGGCCAGGCCUUUACAAAGACUCUCUCAGCUGUGAGUGGAUCAUUGAGGCUCAGCAGGGACAUGCCAUCAGGCUCAUCUUCAAAAGGUUUCAGACGGAGGUAAACUACGAUGUACUGCAGAUAUACGAUGGUGCAUCUACUUCAUCUCCCCUCACUGGAUCCUUCCAUGGGACCCAGGUUCCAGAAUUCCUUGCCAGCACUGGCAAUACCCUUCUGCUACAUUUUACCACCGACAACAGCCGCUCCAACGUGGGCUUUCAGAUCCUUUACGAGAGCAUCACACUCAGCACGCACCUGUGCCUGGAUCCGGGCGUUCCUGUGCAUGGACAGCGUCACGGCACGGAGAUGUCAGUCGGCUCCAUGGUCACCUUCAGCUGCAACUCCGGUUACACCCUCAGCCACGAAGAGGCCCUGAUCUGUGACAAGAACCUGCAGUGGAGUCACCCCAUGGCCAGUUGUGAUGCACCAUGUGGCGGAUAUAUCCAUGCGUCCAGUGGAAUAAUCCUAUCCCCGGGGUAUCCAGAUUACUAUCCUAAUACUCUCAACUGCACCUGGACGGUAGAGGUUUCCCAUGGGAAAGGAGUCCAGUUUACGUUCCACACGUUCCACCUGGAGAGCUCUCACGACUACCUGCUCAUCACGGAGAACGGCAGCUUCUCCCAGCCCCUGGCUCGCCUCACGGGCUCCACGCUGCCCCCCGUGCUCCACGCGGGCGUCUUCGGCAACUUCCAGGCUCAGCUGCGCUUCAUCUCCGACUUCUCAAUGUCCUACGAGGGCUUCAACAUCACAUUUACGGAGUACAACCUUGAGCCGUGCAAAGACCCAGGCAUGCCAGCCUACAGCCGCCGGGAGGGCUCCACUUUCACGGUUGGCGACGUGCUGUCUUUCUCCUGUUUCGCCGGGUACCGUCUUGUUGGCAUGCCGAAGCUUACAUGCCAGGGGGGUGGGAGGCACGUGUGGAGCUCUCCUCUGCCGAGGUGUGUGGCUGAGUGUGGAAUGUCAAGCAUUGGGACGGAUGGUGAGCUCCUAUCUCCCAAUUACCCCGGGAGCUACGACAGGAAGCACGAAUGCAUCUACACCAUCGAGACCGAGGCUGGCAGUGGCAUCCGACUCAUGGCUAAGACCUUCCGUGUGGCCGAAGGAGACUUUCUUAAGGUUUACGAUGGAAAUAGUAGUUUGGCACCGCUCAUUGGGACGUAUUCCAAGACGGAAUUUCAGGGUUUAUCCCUUAACAGCACUUCCAACCGCCUGUGGCUGAAGUUUGACACGGACUCUGAGGGCACAGAAAAAGGAUUCCGUCUGAUAUAUUCAAGCUUUGAGUUGACCCACUGCAAGGAACCAGGUUCCCCAGAGUUUGGCUACAAAAUACGGGAGCAGGGACACUUUGCUGGGGGCACAGUCGCGUAUGGCUGCAAUCCGGGCUACAAUCUCCAUGGCAGCAGCACUUUGACGUGCAUGACGGGCAGCAGGCGGACCUGGGAUCAUCAGCUGCCGUCUUGCGUUGCUGAGUGUGGUGGGAAGAUACAAGGAGCCACAUCAGGAAGGAUUCUUUCACCAGGCUACCCUGCCCCAUAUGGACACAACCUCCAAUGCACAUGGGAAAUACACGCCAACGCAGGCUAUACAAUCAGCCUCCACUUUGUGGUGUUCGACACGGAGGCGGCACACGACCUGCUCAAGGUGUGGGACGGGCCCUCCGUGCCCUCCCAGGCCGGGGUGCUGCUCAAGGAGCUCAGUGGCUCCGUGCUGCCCGAUGACAUCCACAGCUCCCAGAGCUCCCUCUCCCUGCACUUCCAGUCCGACUUCUUCAUCAGCAAGACCGGCUUCGCCAUACAGUUCUCAUCCGCUGUGGCCAGAGCUUGCCGUGAUCCCGGCGUGCCGACAAAUUCCACGCGGAGUGGAACGGGCAGAGAACCUGGCAACAUCAUCACCUUCCAGUGCCAGCCUGGGUACCAGCUGCAGGGUGAAGCCACCAUUGUAUGUAUGCACGGGGAAAAUCACUACUACUGGCAGCCCGACCCACCCACCUGCAUAGCACCAUGCGGGGGAAACCUUACAGAGCCUACUGGUUUCAUUCUCUCUCCUAAUUACCCUGAGCCGUACCCUCCUGGGAAGGAAUGCGAUUGGCAAGUUACCGUCACGGCAGACAAUGUUAUUUCUCUGACCUUUAUCAGUUUUGAUACCGAGACCAGCUACGACUUCCUGCACAUAUAUGAUGGCCCAGGCUCUUCCAGCCCACUGAUCGCCAGCCUGCAAGGCUCCAAGCUGCCGGGGCGGAUUGAGAGCACUGGCAACAGCAUGUUCAUGGCGUUUCGCAGCGAUGACUCGCUCAGCCUCAGUGGUUUUCACAUUGAAUACAAGGAGAAACCCCAAGAGUCCUGCUUUGAUCCUGGGAACAUACAGAAUGGCUCCCGUCUGGGCACAGAUGUCAAGCUACGGUCUACCAUCACAUAUUUCUGUGACGCGGGCUACACAAUCCAAGGCUACUCAACUCUGCUUUGUGUUAUGAGCGAGGAUGGGAGACCCAUGUGGAACAGACCCCUGCCAUCCUGCCAUGCUCCAUGUGGGGGCAAGGCAACUGCCUCUGAAGGGGUGGUCCUUUCUCCUGGAUACCCCAGAAAUUACAGCAGUCCUCAACAUUGUGUGCACACCAUCACCGUGCCCAAGGAUUUUGUCAUCUUUGGUCAGUACGCGACCUUUGAGACGUCGGUGAAAGAUGUCGUCCAUGUGUACGACGGACCCACGCAGAGCUUCUUUUUGCUCAGCGCAUUGUCAGGCUCCCACACAGGAAAAGUUAUACCGUUAAGUUCGUCACAUCAAAUUACAAUUGUGUUUUCACCAAGCAAAGGAUCUAGUGCCAGGGGAUAUCACUUUGUAUACAGAGCCGUUCCAAGGACCAGUGCAACCCAUUGCACUUCAAUAUCAGAACCCCUACAUGGCCGCAGGAUAGGUUUGGAUUUUUCCGCGAAUUCCAUUGUGAGGUUUGAAUGUAAUCCAGGUUAUACCCUUAAGGGAGCCCAGGCUAUUCAGUGCACAACAGUAGCCAAUGCAUUGGCUCAGUGGAAUGACUCUCUGCCGACUUGCUACGCUCCCUGUGGAGGCAAUCUGACGAUUUACACGGGGACUAUCCUAUCCCCUGGCUAUCCAGAGAUGUAUGAUAACAACUUGGACUGUGUUUGGAGGAUUAUUGUACCAGAAGGAGAUGGAAUUCAGGUUCAAUUUGUUAACUUUGCAACGGAACAUAAUUGGGACACAUUGGAUAUUUACGAUGGACCUGAUGUGAAUUCACCCAAGCUUGGAAGCUUCUCUGGGACAACAGUUCCAACUUUCAUUAACAGCAGCUCCAACCAACUCUACCUGCAUUUCCAAACAGACCUUAGUUUGGGUAUUGUAGGCUUCCACGUAAAAUACUCAGCCAUAGGUCUUUCCUCAUGCUCAGAGCCCAACACUCCAAGUAACGGUAUAAAAAUGGGGAACAGUUUCCUUGUCAAUGACAUUAUGUCGUUCGAAUGUGAACCUGGAUUUAAACUUCAGGGUCAUAAGCAUAUCAUGUGCAUGCCUGGUCCAGUGCGACGCUGGAAUUUUCCUCCCCCUAUCUGUACAGCGGUCUGUGGUGGAACUAUGACGGAAUUCAAUGGCAUUAUUCUCAGCCCUGAUUUUCCUGGAAAUUACCCAAGCAACGUAGAGUGCCAUUGGAAAAUUGAAUUGCCUAUCGGUUAUGGUGUGUAUCUUCAAUUUGAAAACUUUACUACGGAGCUUGAUCACGACUACCUCGAGAUCCGUACCGAAAUAGCGCAAGUGAGCAGCACGAUUGGCCGAUUCAGCGGGCCCACUGUGCCCGCCGCACUCCUCAGCACGACUCACCGGACCACAAUGCACUUCCACAGUGAUUAUUCUCAAAGCAAGCCGGGCUUCAAGAUCUUUUACGAAGCGUAUGAGUUGCAGAACUGCCCGGACCCAAAGCCAUUCCGAAAUGGCUUUGUCGUGGGUUCCAACUUUGGUGUUGGCCAUUCCAUCUCCUUUGAAUGCUUCUCAGGCUACGUACUGAUUGGUCAAUCUAUUCUAACCUGUCAACAUGGUGUCAAUCGGAACUGGGACCAUCCCUUCCCCAGCUGCAUUGCUCCGUGUGGCGGCAAUGUGACGGGCAUGAGCGGCACAGUAUACUCUCCGGGAUUUCCCGAUGAGUACCCCAACUUCCAGGACUGUGUGUGGAUGGUGAAAGUUGCGUAUGGACACGGAGUCUACAUCAACUUCACGCUCCUUCGCACCGAGCCAGUCUACGACUUCAUCACCAUCUGGGAUGGACCUGAACAGAAUGCACCACAGCUUGGGCAGUUCAGUGGCAACACUGCCCUGGAGUCUGUGUAUAGCACUUCCAACCAGAUUCUGCUCAAGUUUCACAGCGACUUUUCCACUGGGGGCUUCUUUGUUCUCAGCUACUAUGCCUACCAGUUGCGCGUGUGCCAAUUACCACCUUCUGUGCCGCAUGCUGAAACACUGAUGCAGGAUAAAGAGCUGGAAAUUGGGGACACAGUUCACUAUCGCUGCGAGGCCGGCUUCACGAUGUUAUACAGCGACGUGCUCACCUGCCAGCUGAGAGCCCGUCUACAGAUGGACACCACUCCACCAGCGUGCGAGGCACUGUGUCCAACAAAUGAAGUCCGCACGGAGUCCGUGGGUGUGAUUCUGAGCCCAAGCUAUCCAGCCAACUACCCAUAUUUGCAGACAUGCCUGUGGACCAUAUCUGUGGAAAAGACAUACAAUGUAACCUUGUUCAUUGAAUUAUUUCAAAGUGAAAAGCAAUAUGACGAGCUGGAGAUAUUUGAUGGUCAAAGCAGCCAGAGUCCACGACUGCUGGCCCUGAGUGGGGACUACUCGGCACCGAUCAGCGUGACGAGCACAGGCCAUCAGGUCCACCUGCGCUGGGCGUCCGACCAGGCCACCAGCAAGAAAGGCUUCCGCAUUCGAUACACAGCCGAAUACUGCAGCAUUCCAGCAGCACCGGCUCACGGCUCAGUCAUGAGUCAAAGCGGUGGGCAUUUAAACAGCGUCAUUUGGUGGGCAUGUGACAGAGGAUACACGCUCAUAGGGAAGAGCUCAGCCGUCUGCGUUAAAGCCCCCCAAGGAUUUCAUAUGUGGGACUCUGCUGUCCCGACCUGUCAAGCCAUCUCGUGUGGCAUCCCAGUCUCUCCGGCCAACGGGGAGAUUCUCACCGUGAACUACUCCGUUGGCGGGCGAGUGACCUACGGCUGUAACCGGGGCUACACCACAGGGCCUGGAGAUACCCUUGCGGCUGUGUGCCUGGAAAACGGAACUUGGAGCAACAACAACCAACCACCAAUGUGUAAUGCUAUUGCCUGCAUGGACUUCAACGCCUUCUCUUUGGACCACGGUAGCUGGCUGCUCCUCAAUGGCAGUGAUUAUAAAUAUGGCUCGCGUAUCAUCUUUCACUGCCAGCCGGGGUACACCUUGCUGGGCCCUCGCAUAAUCCAGUGUCAAGAGAAUGGGGCAUGGAGCUGGGAAAACGACCGGCCCAGAUGCAGCUUGAUCUCUUGUGGGAGCCUUUCCGCUCUUCCCAAUGGCAGGAAGAUUGGCACUCAAACGGGGUUUGGCUCCACAGCCAUUUAUCGUUGUGAUCCUGGAUUCACACUUUUGGGCUCACAAGUUCGAGAGUGCCUGGCAAGUGGCCUGUGGAGUGGCACCAGCAACAGGUGUAUCGCUGGACACUGCGGCGUUCCCGAUCCCGUGACCAACGGAGCGGUGGUGGGGCAGAGCUUUGGCUACCACGACACGGUGGUGUACCGCUGCCAGCCCGGAUUCCGCCUCGUGGGCUCCUCCGUACGCAUGUGUCAGCAGGACCACCAGUGGUCCGGGCAGCCGCCCGCCUGCGUCCCAAUCAGCUGUGGGCACCCCGGUACACCGGUGCAUGGCCUGACAGAAGGCAGCAGCUUUCACCUCUACGACACCGUCAACUUCACCUGCAACUCCGGCUACAUCAGCGAGGGCGCCAGCCAGGCCCAGUGUAUGCCAGAUGCCCUCUGGAGCCAGCCCCUACCAACGUGCAAAGUGGUAAGCUGCCCUGACCCUGGAGAACCGCUCAAUGGGGUCCGCAAGGUGAACAAAGGCUACGGCAAGUUCGUGUUUGGCUCCGUGGUCUUCUACGACUGCAAGCAAGGUUUCUACCUGAUCGGCUCGUCAGUACUAACGUGCCUGCCCAAUGGAUUGUGGGACAGGCCCAUCCCACAGUGCUUUUUGGUGAGCUGCGGACACCCAGGAGUGGCCCCCAAUUCCCUCCUGUCUGGGGAGAAGUUCACGUUCGGGGCGACCGUCAUCUACAGCUGCACGGGGAGCCGCCUUCUCAUCGGCAAUGCCACUCGCUCCUGCCAGGCCGAUGGGCGCUGGACCGGCGCCCAGCCGCACUGCUCUGGAGACUCGGCGGGCUCGUGCGGCGACCCCGGCAUACCGUCGCACGGCCACAGGAUCGGCGAGGAGUUUCGCGUCAAGAGCGUCGUCCGCUUUGGCUGCGCCGUCGGCUACGCGCUGCACGGCCCGAGCGAGCGCGUCUGCCUCCCCAGCGGCUCGUGGUCGAGAAGCCAGGCCGAGUGCAAAGCGGUGUGGUGCGGGAACCCGGGCGUGCCGGCCGGAGGCUCCAUCCUGCACAGCGACGGCGUGGUGUUCUCCAGCUCCGUGACGUACGCCUGCUGGGACGGCUACCAGAUGUCGGGCCUCUCCACCCGCCUCUGCAGCGCCAAUGCCACCUGGACCGGCGUUCUGCCUGUGUGCACCGUGAUCAGCUGCGGAAAUCCAGGAGUCGCUGCGAAUGGAUUUUACCUGGGAAAGGAGUUCACAUUCAGCCAAAAUGUUUCCUACCACUGCUACCCAGGAUAUAGCAUGAACUCUGGAGCCACUGCUGUGCGCUCGUGCCAGAAGGAUGGCACGUGGAGUGGUGCUUUACCGUCGUGCCACGUGAUCACGUGCAGGCAGCCGCCGAGGGUGCUGAACGGGCGGCUGUUGGGCUCAGACUUCUCGUGGGGAGCCAGCGUGAGCUACAGCUGCUCCUCGGGCUACGAGCCCUCCUUCCCUGCCACGCUCACCUGCGAGGGCAACGGCACAUGGAGGGGCGACGUCCCGCAGUGCCUGCCUAUAUAUUGUGGGGAUCCAGGUGUCCCUGCGGAGGGCAGGAGGGAAGGCACAAGCUUCAUGUACAAAUCUAAAGUGGCAUUUAGCUGCAAAAAUACCCUCUUGCUCGUCGGCUCCUCAUUACGGAUGUGCACUGCUGAUGGGACCUGGAGUGGAACCCAACCACGUUGCAUCGACCCUUUGCAGAACACGUGCCCUAACCCUGGAGCACUUCAGUUCGGGGAAUUAAACAGCACUUUCGGAUUCCAGGUUGGCAGCAAAGUGAAAUUCAGAUGCGGAAAGGGAUACCACAUCCUGGGGUCCACAACGAGGUCUUGCCAGUCCGACUACGUAUGGAGCGGCACCCGGCCGCAAUGCAUACCGCACAGCUGCAGGCAGCUGGAGACCCCAGAAAAUGCAGAUGUAGGGGCCGUGGAGCUGCCCGGCCUGGGAUACACGCUCAUGUACAGCUGCCAGCCCGGAUUCUACCUGGCGGGGGGCUCGGAGCACCGCAGCUGCCGUCCCGACGGGACCUGGUCGGGAAAAACUCCCAUCUGCCAUCCUGGACUCAAACCAUCUGAGAAAAAUAAUAGCGCACUUUUAACAACUCAUAGCCCUCAAGGUGCAGCCCUUGACGUGACUCUGUUUGAGGAAUCCGUUUGGAAGGGCUCGUUCGACUUCAGAGACACAAAGCGUCCGGCUUCGUUGCUGACGAACAGCAUCGACGUCAAUUCAGGCCGACUGAACCUCACCUUUUUGGCCACUAACAUGGAACUCAAUUUAGCAGGGGUCUUCAAGAAUAAAGAGGGAAAUGUAUUCCUUCGAGUCACUCACGUGAAACGUUUUGAUCAAUCUUUGUUUGAAAAGAUGCCCGGUGAUUGGAGCAUGAAUGGGUCUGUGACAACCGAUAUUGAUGGUGUGACGCACGUUUAUCAAGGAUUCAUACAAGCCAAAGAGUAUGGUUCAUUUGGAUUUAAGAAAAUAGGAGCGGAGACACGGGGCCCCGAGGGUGGCACGGACCCGACCGGCCAGCAGCAUGGCACCAGCAGCAGCUCUGUGGCGGUAGCCAUUCUUGUGCCCUUUUUCGCCCUCAUCCUGGCCGGUUUUGCUUUCUACCUGUACAAGCAGCGGUCAGCUCCAAAGCCACACUUCAGUGGUUUUGCUGACCAUGAGAACAGUAAUGGGCAGACAGCUUUUGAGAACAUGAUUUACGACAGCAGUCUGAAGCAUGGAGAGAGCAAGGCAGUGCGGUUCGACCCCAGACUCAACACAGUCUGCACAGUGCAUAUGGCCACUACAACUGUAUGACUGCUACUCGGUGUUAUACUAUGGACGCUAAUCACCUAUCAUCAACACACACAUGAACCUUCUGCAGUCCGACAGCUUUUGGAAACUUUCCAAAGAGGAAAAUGCGUCUGUAUAUUUACUGUAUACAUAUACAUAUAGGCUUUUACAGCACUUGUAAAAUAAUUUAUUUAUAGCACUUUGUCCAAAGCACCCAUCCAGCCCUGACACGUUCUACAAACAUAUGUAAAAUAUGCGUUUGCUACAUUAUGACUUUGCCGGAAUCAGUGAUAUGUUUGCUUAUGACUAUACAUUUUGAGAGUGUACAAAUCUGCUGCAAUAAUGCCAUCAACUUAUUACAUUUGGCUAAAUUGUGGAAAUGUUGUAAAUCAUUUCCCACCGUGUAAUUUUUGAUGCAAAAAUGUAAAUAGGUAUAUUUUUUGUAAAGUUGUUUGUACAUUUAAAAAAAUGGCCUCUGUAUUUUUAACAAGUUAUUAAAAGUAAGUAAUUUUUAAGAUGACUUUCUGAUGCAACUUGUUUUUUUAUGUGUGCAUAAAACAUUACUGUCUUGAAACUGAACACGUUACAUAAUGCCAUACAUUGUUGUCGAUUAUCACAAUGUGAUGGAAAAAGUAAAUUUCUUAAACUUUUACAGUUUUGCCUCCAAAUAUCUAACCUUUAUCAUAUGUAGUUUUUAUUGCAAAAAAAUGUACUCUAUCCGUAUAACACAUCACAUUUGAAAUUAAUUACAUAUCAAAAUAUGUGUUAUCAAUAAUGGUAAGGAAAUAAGGGCAUACAAAUGAGUAGAGUAUUUGUUUCCAGAUAGGAACAACUUGUUUAGUUAGGUACUUGUAUCGGUUAUAGCUCGGCAAACAAAAUCUAAAGUGAAAAACGUAAAUUUUGUUGUGAUAAACAUUAUUGUGCCAGAAAACGUCCUUCUCAAGCAAUUGUGCGCCCUAAGUGAUGGAAAGUUACAUGUGUAUUAAUGCCAUUAAAGAAAAAGGGGGCGAUAUGGACAGACCUUGUAGAAAAGGCAGCAUCGGGGCCUACCCGUAUUCAGUUUGUUAAACAAGUUUAAUGCUGGACAAGUGAAUGCAGGGUUUAUUUCGCUCUCUGCGAGCAGUCUGAAUGUGCAAUGGAGAUGAAGCCACUUCAGCAAAGAUGCCCUUGUUACCUGCACAAACUAAAUCUGCUAAGCAAGAAUCAAGUGCCACAGCUAACAAAGGUCACUAAUCUUGUUUUCACCAACUAAAAGGAAUAAGCUGUCUAAAUAAUUAUUUUACGGUUGCACCCGUGUGCAUUCAAGUUGUUUAAAUUUGGUGUUCAGAAAUAAGGAAUCUGCUGAUGGUGCACAGAAUUGUACAAAGCUCGACAACUGCAGCGACGUGCAGAAGUUAUUUCCCCAAUUCAUGUUAGUUUGCCCCAGCUUAUAAGGGUAUGUUUUUGUAUAGGCUACAAUAGCUCAUUAUACAUAGGUUAUAUGGUCUGCUACUACAGCGGAAAUGGAGUCAUUGUGUAUAGUUAUUAUGUGUAAUGCAACAUUAAUCAGCAUUUGUAAAGCAACAUCGAUAGUAGUCACCCCAAAGUGCUAAUUUGUACACUGGCUGUAAAAAAUACUGUAUGGCUCUGAAGGCUUUUAUGUGCAUUAAAUGCUAUGUAUUGCUGCACAAUAGAUCAAAAGACACUAAAUACAGUAAUGUUGAUGCUGAUUUAGUGAUCAUUUUAAUUUUAUUUAAUAAAAUUAAUUAAAACAUGUGCACUGAGAACAAAA